UUUCUCUCUCUCUCUCUCUCUCUCUCUCUGAUCUUGAGAGGACUACUUAGUCUAGAGCGAACGAGCCUCCCUCGGAGAUAAGGUCUCUCCUUUUUCGCAGGCUGUCUCGGAUUCUCUCCUUUUCCAUAUCUCCGUAACUGGGUUUCUGGGGUUUUAAGGAGACGAUGUCGAAAGCCGGAGCAUUUGAUCUGGCGUCUGGCCUCGGCGGCAAGAUCGACAAAAAUGACGUGCUCUCUGCUGUUGACAAGUACGAGAAGUAUCAUGUCUGUUAUGGAGGUGAAGAGGAAGCGAGAAAAUCUAACUAUACUGAUAUGGUGAAUAAAUAUUAUGAUCUGGUUACCAGCUUUUAUGAGUAUGGCUGGGGAGAAUCCUUCCAUUUUGCACCCAGAUGGAAAGGAGAGUCUCUUCGAGAGAGCAUCAAGCGGCAUGAACACUUCCUUGCCUUGCAACUAGGACUGAAACCCGGACAGAAGGUUUUGGAUGUAGGUUGUGGAAUUGGAGGACCACUUAGAGAAAUAGCUCGCUUCAGCUCAACGUCAAUUACUGGGUUGAACAACAAUGAAUAUCAGAUAUCAAGAGGAAAGGAACUGAACCGCAUCGCCGGAGUUGACAAGACCUGUGAUUUCGUUAAGGCCGACUUCAUGAAAAUACCAUUUCCUGAAAAUACGUUUGAUGCAGUAUAUGCAAUUGAAGCUACGUGCCAUGCACCAGAUGCAUAUGGAUGUUACAAAGAGAUUUAUAGAGUACUAAAACCUGGUCAAUGUUUUGCUGCAUAUGAGUGGUGCAUGACUGAUUCGUUUGAUCCCAACAACGCAGAACAUCAAAAAAUUAAGGCAGAGAUUGAGAUUGGUGAUGGCCUUCCGGACAUCAGAUUGACAGGGAAGUGCCUUGAAGCUUUGAAACAAGCUGGUUUUGAGGUCAUAUGGGAGAAAGAUCUUGCAAAGGAUGUAAAGGAGUCUCCUCUUCCUUGGUACCUACCUUUGGACAAAAGUCGCAUUUCACUUAGUAGUUUCCGACUAACAGCUGUUGGCCGCUUUUUUACUAAAAACAUGGUCAAAGCUUUAGAAUAUGUUGGACUUGCUCCGCAAGGAAGCCAAAGAGUUCAAGAUUUUCUAGAGAAAGCUGCUGAAGGGCUAGUCGAAGGUGGAAAGAAAGAGAUCUUCACACCAAUGUAUUUCUUUGUGGCCCGUAAGCCACUUUCAGCUGCAGAUAGUCAGUAAAUUAGUAGUGCAGACUAGUUAACCUGCCGCCGUGGUUUCAGAAUCCUCCGGGGAUUCGAACUAUGGAGAAGAUGUACGUUAGAAUGGAUCUGUGAUCAUGCCCAUCUGACAUGGAAGUUGUCAUAGCUGCUUGUGUGUGUUUUAUCCUGUGUGUUUAUUAUUAGCAUCUGUAUUUGUAUUUGUACUUGUCAACCUUGUCUACAGACAAUGAGAGAGCGAAAUUUCGACCCUGGUUCAGCUGGUUUGUUUGUUUGUUCAUGUAUUGUUUGUUU